AUGACCGAGGUGGCUGCUAGGAAAGAGCCGAUACCGGCUUGUCUUUGGGGGAACCUUUCACGCUCCCCAGUUGCUAUCUCCAGCAACUCGCGGUGCAAAUCCGACCGGGCGCGAGUUGCUAAACGUGCGCCGCAGUUGCCGAACUUGAAGAUUUGGCAACUCGGAUGGCAACCUGCGGUGGAGAUGCUCUAA